UUCAGUUCUAGUUGAGCGUUCGUGCGUGCGUGUUCUCCGCGUGCGACCAGUUUUUCCACGUCGUACAUUUUCCGUAUUCUCGGCAGCGCCAACCAAGGAUUUACGUGAUCGUGAGUUUAAGGCACUGUCAGAAAAGUUGCAACAGGAGCAAUAAUCAAGCACCGGAGCUUUACUUUUGUUUUAUUCACAAUCCGAAAUCAGUGCUGUGACUUUAGUGACAAUUACGAUAAGUUUAUUUAUGUUAAAUAUUUUGUUCGGAAGUUUUGUUGUUUCCUGUCGUCCUGAAGGUGGGCUGAAUAAGUGCUAUCGAAAGCAAUCCGAAAUUUUCAUUCAAAUGAAAUUCUGAGCAAUUCUUGAGAUUGCGUGUGCGUGUGUGCUACUACUUGCUGGAAAAUGCCGUGCAAUUAGAGCUAUCGUCCUGGAUUGCGUAGAUUUAUUCUGAGUGUGUGUGUGUGUGUGUGUUUCGUAAAUGUAUGUGUGUGUUAGUGCUUUGUAAUGCAGUAUUGCAAUCAGGUUGCGAAUUCUAAACCGUGCAUACGAUAGUGGUUUAUCAACUGGGCUAGAAAAUGCUACAGGCUCAAAAGCAGCAUCAAACAGGAAUCUAACAGAACCAACGCACAGUUCGCCGAAGAGCGGGAUAACGCCCCAGAAGCAUUCAGUGUGUGCCUUAGGGAAACUAGUGCAGAUAUACGCGAACGAAGCGGAUCAUCAAGCGGUACCUUGAUUGGCAUCGCACUACCACACCAAGUCCUGAUCAACAUCAUUCCCACCAAAAUCAUCCUAUAUGGUAAUGGCAGAGAUCGGUGGCCCAUUGGCACACCAACUACCCUUACACAACCAUAGAGGUGGACUGGUGCAACCGUCGCUGGUAAUGAACCAUCACCUGGACUCUCUGGACAGCAGUUGCCAUGGACCAAACAUUCACCCAAAAAAAGAACGCCUUUCCCUGUGCGUUGGAUGCGGUGGUCAAAUCCAUGACCAGUACAUCCUGCGUGUCGCACCCGACCUCGAAUGGCACGCAGCCUGCCUCAAGUGCCAGGAAUGUCGUCAAUUUCUGGACGAGAGCUGUACCUGUUUCGUGCGUGACGGCAAAACCUAUUGCAAGCGAGAUUACGUGAGAUUAUUCGGUACCAAAUGUGAUAAGUGCGGCAGCUCCUUUAGCAAAAACGAUUUCGUGAUGCGAGCCAAAACGAAAAUCUACCACAUAGAAUGCUUUCGAUGUUCGGCCUGCGCCCGCCAACUAAUACCAGGUGAUGAGUUUGCGCUCCGUGAUGGUGGUUCGCUUUACUGCAAGGAGGACCACGACCAUCUAGAGAAAACGUCCCAAAAUGGCCUCAUACAGGGCGUGGAGCCCAACAACAAUAUCAGCGGCAAUGCCAACAACAACAACAACAUCAACAGUACCAACAACAACAAUAAUAGUUUAAGCAAUAAUAACCACUCGAGUGAGCUGGGAUCGAUGUCAGAUUCGGGCAGUGAAUCGGGAUCUCACAAAAGUUUGCGAGGCAAAGGACCCACCGGACCAUCGGACGGUAAACCGACGCGGGUGCGGACGGUGCUAAACGAAAAGCAGCUACACACGCUUCGUACGUGCUACAACGCCAACCCGCGACCCGACGCCCUCAUGAAGGAGCAGCUAGUGGAGAUGACCGGUCUGUCACCGCGGGUCAUACGGGUUUGGUUCCAGAACAAGCGCUGCAAGGAUAAGAAAAAGACCAUCCAGAUGAAACUGCAGAUGCAGCAAGAGAAGGAAGGGCGAAAGCUGGGCUACGGAAUGCAGGGUAUACCGAUGGUGGCCAGCUCACCUGUGCGGCACGACUCGCCGCUUAAUCUGCACGGGCUAGAGGUGACCGCCUAUCAACCACCGUGGAAGGCGCUGUCCGAUUUCGCACUCCAUUCCGAUCUCGAUAGCAACGGAUCGAUCAACACGCACACACCCGCGUUCCAGCAUUUAGUCAAUCAGAUGCAUGGAUACGACGUCGGCAAUGGUGGUGGAGCUGGUGGAGGUCCUGGCGGCGGUCCGGGCGGUAUGCCACCGAUGCCGGGGCAGGUUGGGCAGGUUCCUCCCAUCGGGUCACACAUGGAUCUCAGCGGGCAUCAUCAUCCGGAUAGUACGGACUCAUACGUAACCUAUCUCGAAAGCGACGAUAGCAUGCAGGGCAGCCCAUAAGAAGUUUGCUCACAAUCUCACACACAACACAAUCUAAUGGCAAUAUACGGCACACACACACAAACACACAAGCAACGCUUUUUUUGAAGCAACCAUAAUGUCCUUCAUACGGAAACGCACCAGAGAAUGAUAUUUCAAAGUGUACCAGUAAGCUUUUGGAUCCUGUGGCCGUCGUAUCUCAAGCGCAGCUUAUCGACGCGGGACCGUACAUGUAUUUUUUUUUUCCUUAGACAAAUCGAUUAACUACUCAACUCGACUCAAUGUUGUGACCCACACACGAAGAUUGCUUGUGUUUCGUCUUUACAUUUGGUUGGCAUUUUUGGGAUUUUAAUUUAAUUAUGCAUUAAGGGUGGAAUCAUCGGGGCAAACGAAGUGCUUGCGGGGCGAACUAAUGUUACAGAGAUAAAGUUAUACAUUGGUUAACAUGUUACAUGUUGCAACAACACUAGUGCGCAAGUAAUAGCAAAUAGCAAAACCGAGGGCCGAUCCGGAAGGUUCAUUGUACAUAGUGUAAAAACAAAAACAAAUUACCACUUAGCAAACGUCCACUGAACACUUCUACCUACCGAAUCACUCAAUCACGCGCCACACCACUCUCGCCUCUGGCACACUGAGCAAACGGAACAAUGGAUUUAAGGGAAGCAAAAUUUGCAACUAGACAACGCGCCAAUUCAGCAAUUGAUACGAUAAGCAAAGUUACAGUUUGUAUAUGUCUAUAGACAAACAUCGGAAGAAAUACAAAACUAAUAACCGCAAAGAUGGAACGAAUGCAAAGGAAAACCAGCUGGCACCGGAACAAAACCCAUACACAUAUUUAUCCUUAGGCCAGAGUUGAGGUAAUGUGUAAAAGGUUUUUUUUUUUUGUUUUUCUUCUCACGGACAAGAUGUCACAAAUGAUAAUGCGUUGCGUCGGAAAAACGAUCAUAAAAAGGAAAAUAUUUGCUUCUGUGCGCAAGUGAAGCCAUUAUGUAAGGGCCGAGUGAAUCGAAUGCGGCGAGGUGAAGCGGAUCACGACGUCUGGGGUAGGAGCUGUAGGUUUAAAUAAUCUAAUCAUAUAAGAACUAUCGGUAUUUAAAGAAAACAUUGAAAAGAUAAGCAUAAAAAACAGAACAGAAAAUAAAACAAAAUACAAACAUAACGCAUAA